GACUUCAGCUCCAGGACCAACAUCAACAGCUGCUGUCAUCAGAGGAUUUUAUUAAAGUAGGCAGAGCUAUAAAACAGACUAGCGAGAUUUCUGAGAAAGAUCUAGUUUGCAUGUUUUUUCAGAGGUUAUUGAUGUUAGAUUACAGAGCUAGAUACAUACAUGUACAGCAAAAAAACUUGAAUAGGAAAACCUUGAAGUUUGUCUCAAAGUCUGGAAGUACUGUCACAGAUGAAAAUGAUUUAGCAGCUCUUUUCACAUCAAAUGUAGACUUAAACCAGUCAAAAGAAAGUCAUGUACAUUCAAUGGAUGUUCAAAUGGCAGCAUUUCGCUGCUCAGAUGGCUUCCUUAAACAGAAAAUGAUUACCAAGCUGUCACAGUGUCAGUAUGCCUUGCCAUUGCUUAUCCCUGAUCCUGACACAACAAAUAUUGAGUGUCCGCUGUGGACAUUCAGACAAAUAACCAAAACAUGGAAAAGAGUUACAACAAAAGACAAUAAAACCACUGUUACAAUGAAAAGCAUUCCAAUCUACAAAGCUCAGACUCCCAUGGUUUCAUUUUUCCGACUGGGCUCCAUGUCUUUGUCCAAAUCUCAGCUCAUGAAUGCCUUGAUCAACGACCGCCACAACACAUUCUACCAUAGAAACUGCCCAGGCAGCACCAAAUCUCGUUAUUUGAUGGAUGGUGUGGCAGAGAUUGCCUGGUACUGCCCUGCUGGAAAACCCAGUGAUUUCUUUACUGACUGCACUGCCUUCUGUAAUCUUCAUGGGGAUUCACUAAAAAAUGUAAAACAGCGUGAAAUAUUAACUGAAAAGUCCUCAGUCAUUGUGGUUCUUGUAGAAACUUUGGAAAAAGGCCAGGAAAGUAGCAAAAUCAUUUCAAUGCUUUACAAGUCCCCAAAGCCUCUCAUUAUUCUCAUUGCUGACAAUGGCUGUAGGGCAGUUGAGAUGAAACCAGCAAACUACAAAGUGGGUCUGAAAGAAAGAAGCCAGUCGGAUGUUUCUGAAGAAUUGAAAGAGAUUAUAAGAGCCAUUUUGUCUGGACCUCACACAACCUUUCAACUUGAAAUAAUGGCAAAUGACUUCAGAGUCACGGCAGAUGAAGAUGCAGAGGAUUGCAGGAAUGGGAAAUCUGCUGCCAUAAAACUGGUUCAACUGAUUGAAGGGAAGGAUGUUUCUAAAAUAAAAGCUACAUUUCUUCCCUGCCAAGGCCAGCCUUGGUUCGAAUGGUGCAAAAUCAAAAAAGAAUCACACAACCUAAAGGGACACAUUGAGAAAGAAAGGAGUAUGAAAAUCCAGCAGCUAAUGGAGCUGAGACAAAAGCAGAGUGACCUGUCCAACAGUUCACUGAUGAAGUCAUUCACUGAGAGCCUUGUGCGUUUGCCACCAAAAGACAGAGAAUAUUUCUUGAAAUGGACUCAGAUCCUGAUAGAUGAACUCUCUACAGAUGACCUUUCUUCAAAGAAACAUGACAAAUCUGCCGAAUUAAAUGACAAACAAGCUCAGCUUAAUCAGUUAUCAAAAAAGCUCCAAUCAGCAACUUUUGGUCUGGAACACAUCUUCAGAGAAAUGGGGCAGAUCUACGAAGCUCACAAAUUUUUGAAAAACCUCUCACCAGGCCAACAGGCUGAAUGGACUAAAUACCCUGAGCUGGCUGCAGAUCUGAUGAUAAAAGGACACCCGAUGGAGCUGAUGGAUGGUGAUGCAGGCCAUGUGCCUUUAAUAUGGGUCUCCAGUCUUAUACAGGAAGUCAUCAAGAAACUGGGUGACCAGCGAGUCUUUGUGCUGUCAGUUCUAGGCGUACAAAGCAGCGGGAAGUCAACAAUGCUGAAUGUCAUGUUUGGAUUGCAGUUUGCAGUGAGUGCUGGGAGGUGCACCAAGGGUGUUUACAUGCAGCUGGUUAAACUGUCAGAUGAAAUCCAGAAAGACUACAAGUUUGACUAUAUUCUAGUUGUUGACACUGAAGGACUACGUGCUCUUGAGUUAGCAGGCAACGCCACCAUUCAUCAUGACAAUGAACUUGCAACAUUUGUUGUUGGUCUGGGAAACAUGACCUUAAUAAACAUCUUUGGUGAGAAUCCAGCUGAGAUGCAAGAUGUCCUGCAGAUCGUUGUGCAGGCUUUCAUGAGGAUGAAAAAGGUCAAGCUUUCUCCAAGUUGUGUGUUUGUUCACCAGAAUGUCACAGAUAUUACAGCAACAGAGAAAAACAUGGAUGGAAAAAGACACCUGCAGGAAAUACUGGACAAUAUGGCUAAACUAGCUGCCAAAGAGGAAGGGUGUGAUGUUGAGUGCUUCAGUGAUGUCAUUGCAUUUGAUGUGCAAAAAGAUGUUAAAUACUUUGCUCAGCUGUGGGAGGGAAGUCCACCAAUGGCUCCUCCAAAUCCAGGGUAUAGUGAGAGUGUCCAAGAACUGAAGACCAUC